ACUUAUUCUGCUAUGGCUGUCGUAUGUUUGUUGUAUCAAUUUGUAUGUCAAUUAUCAAUUAACCCUUGUUAAUAAUGGCCUGUUGAUUAUUAAAAAGCAGAGCUUUGUGUGAGAACUAUCGAUGUGCAGUGUUGCGUCCGUGUGACUGAAACAUGGCGAGCAGCAGCGAAGACCUUUGGCGCGAGUGCGCGUCCUGGCUUACGAGAUGCAAUUUGCUGAGGCCCGAUCAUAAAGCAAAUUGGCCUACGAGUACUACACACGACUUGGCGUACACCCUCCGGGACGGCGUGCUGCUGUGCAGCUUGCUGAACGUGCUGCAGCCGGGGUGCAUCGACAUGAAGGACGUGAACCAGCGGCCACAGAUGGCACAGUUUCUGUGCCUGAGGAACAUCAAAGUGUUCCUCCGAGCGUGCCACGAGGUGUUUGAGCUGCGGGAGACGGAUCUGUUUGACGCUUCCAUGCUGUUUGAUCUGUCCAACUUCCACCGUGUUCUGUGCACACUCGCCAAGCUGAGUCAGUCACCUAAAGCUUUGGCAAAAAAUAUUCAGCCAUUCACAGCUAGAAGAACACAAUCAGAGGAGGACAUCUACAAAGAUUUGCAAUCAGUCGCUGCUCUAUCAAACGAGAUUCCACCGCCAUAUGACGUGGUGGAGUACCAGGAGCACAGGCAAACGAACGAAGUGCCGUGGAUACAGUUCACGAUACCCAGCGUCGCCUGCGAAGACCGCGUGGAGGAAAUAUACGAGGACCUUUGCUACGUGAAGUUCGCAACCGAUAUGCCAGAGCUAGCGACGUCGUCGCACAGUUUAGAGAAAAGGGACUAUGUCAUAAGGGAACUAGUGGACACAGAGUGCAAUUACGUGGACGUGCUUAGUAAAAUAAUCAAAUACUUCCUGAGGCCGCUGACGCCAUAUUUGAAGCCGCAGGAUAUGCAAGUCAUAUUUUUUGGUGUGAAGGAGUUACACGAAAUCCACUCAGGGUUGUUGCGACAACUGCGGCUGGCGACCGAGAACUGCGUGCCCGGCAGCGGCGCGCCGCGGCUCGCCGACGUGUUCCUGAGCUGGCGCGAGCGGCUCCUGCUGUACGGGGACUACUGUUCCAACCUCACCAACGCGCAGGACACACUGAAGACGUUAGACGCGAGAGAUUCCACAUUUAACAAACAGCUUUCCAAAUGUCAAAAAGAGCACAGCGACGGGCGCAUCCAGCUGCGCGACAUCCUGUCGGUGCCGAUGCAGAGGGUGCUGAAGUACCACCUACUCCUCGACAAGCUCGUGCAUGAAACGCAACCGAAUCAUGAAGAGUUCCGAGGUCUGGAGCGUGCGAAAGAGGCCAUGGUGGAUGUGGCGCAGUACAUCAAUGAAGUCAAGCGGGACAGCGAGGUCCUGGUGCUGCUCGCUAAAGUGCAGGAGAGCAUAGUGGACUGGGACGCGGCCGCGCUGGGCGCGGGCGGCGCGUGCCUGGCGGCGUACGGCCGGCUGCUGCUGGACGGCGAGCUCAAGGUGAAGGCGCACGAGGACCAGAAGCUGCGCUCGCGCUACGUGUUCGUGUUCGACAAGCUCAUGCUGCUGUGCAAGCCCGUCAAGGUGAUCUACCCGACAGACAACCAAUACUCGUACCGCACGGGCAUCCGGCUGGCGGAGUACCGCGUGGAGGAGGCGUGCGGGCGGCGCACGCUGCGGGCGGACGCGCGCUGGACGGCGCACUUCUACCUCGUGCGCCGCUCCAAGGACGCCACCUUCACGCUGUACGCGCGCACCGAGGACUGUCGGCGCAAGUGGGUCAAGACUAUCAAAGAUGCGAUAGAUAACCUGGAGCCGGCGGGUUGUCGCAGCACAAACCACAAGUUCGUCCUACACACGUUCGAAAAGCCCGCCACGUGUCACCAUUGUUCAAAGUUUCUCAAGGGCAGAAUAUUUCAGGGCUACCUGUGCUCCGUGUGCAACGCGUGCGCGCACAAGGACUGCAUCGCGCUGACGGGGCGCUGCGGGGGGCUCACCGCGCCCGCGCCGCCGCUGCCGCCGCACGCGCACCAGCCCGACAACGGCCUGCACUACUACAUGUGGUACGUAGGCGAGAUGGGGCGCGACCUGGCGACCAGGCGGCUGGAGCGGCGCUUGGAGGGCACGUUCCUGCUGCGCUUGCGGCCCAAGUCGCCCAACCCGCCGCCGCCGCCCGCCACGCCCAACUACGACACGCAGUACGCGCUGUCGCUCAAGACGGACAACACGGUGAAGCACAUGCGCCUGUGCCGCAAGCCCAUCGACUCCACGCCGCACUACUUCCUGUCCGAGUCGCGCUUCUUCCGCAGCAUCGUCGAGCUCGUCUCCUACUACGAGAAGACUAAUCUGAGCGAGAACUUCGUGGGCUUAAAUUCAUACCUUCGCUGGCCAUUCCGAAGAGUGGUGGCGACUGUACUGCACGACUUCCGGCCGCUGGAGUCGUCCCAGCUGGCGCUGCGGCCCGGCGCCAAGGUGCUCAUCCUCAGUAAAGAGGGCGACAGUCGAGGCUGGUGGAAAGGACGCUCACUUGAUAUAGGUGACAAUCGCUCCGGCUACUUCCCCAAAGAGUGUGUGCGAGAGGAACCGGAGUGUAUAGGGGCACUAGACUGAUGUCCGUUUUGCCUCGCCGAGCGCGAGCAUCACUACUUACCUCCGAGCGACGCCAACGACAACGACAACGACGACAGUCAGGACGACCUCGUCUAGAGAUGGAGUUGCGUCAUUCGGAAACUGGAACUACUUAUAGGUGUCAGCAUCACUUUAUUAGAGACUGUGGCACAUCCCUCAAUUGGUUGUCAGGAUGACCUCGGUCAGAGACUGGGUCACAUUCCUCAAUUGGAAUUAGUUAAUGCUGUCAGGAUGACUUAGGUCAGAGACUUUGUCAUAUCCCCCAAUUGGAAGUAGUUAAUGCUGUCAGGAGACCUUAGGUCUGAGACUAGGUCAUAUCUCUCAAUUGGAAUUAGUUAAUGCUGUCAGGAGACCUUAGGUCAGAGACUAGGUCAUAUCUCUCAAAAUGGAAAUAGUUGAUUCUGACUUAGGUUAGAGACUGGGUCAUAUCCCUCAAUUGGAAAUAGUUAAUGCUGUCAGGAUGAUCUUGUACGGAGACUUGUUCACGUCCCUCAAUCGAAACUAGCUAUUGCCGUUAGGAUAUCGCGUGAUGUCCAACGAAAAAUGUAUUUGUUAUUUGUAGAUAGAAUAAAAUACAAUUUUAUUAACGACUAGUACGGUUGUAGUUUUUUGCCCACGAUAUUCGAUGUGGUAUCAAGCAAAUAAAGAUAGAAAAUAUGUAACAGAAAAUGUUACAUGGUAAAAUAUUACGUAUAUUUUAAACUGGUGGUAAAAGUGUUUUAGAUUUAAACAGACGUCAGUUUUAUCUGUCGUGAGCUGUAUUUGAAUAAUUAGAAUGCUGAUUAAAUGACUACUAAACAGCAAUUCAAUAUAUUAUAUCUGAUUGUUCCCAGUGGUCACCAGUGUAAUUUGCUCAUAAAACGCAAUUUUACUAUUAUUGAUGUAGUAGAUGGAAAUUAUCUGCACAAAAAUACGGCAGCUAGUCUGUAAUUGUAUAUAAAUUUGCUCUCAGCAAAGCUCUCUUGGCAUAAGUUACGACUUAUUGACACAGUUUAUGAUAUUAAAAUAUAUAUAUAUAUUAUUAUAUAUUAUAUAUAUUAUAAUGUGUAAAAUUGAAAUAAUCAAAUUAUUAUGAAGUAAAUAAGUGCUAUGAAACUGUAUAAGUAAUAAAGUGUUAAAUUAAAGUAUACAAAAUAAGUGAAAGUGUAAACUAUUGUAUAGUUUUAAGGAGAAACGUGCGUUGUUCAUCGUGCUAAUAUAAUUGAAUGCUUUAAAUAGGUAUUGUGCUUUACGACAUUGAAGAUUAAUGUCAAGAAUACAAGGAAUAUAUCCUUUACGACCGAACUAUACUGAAGUAAGGUCACAGAAAACGACAUGUAACCUCUGGCAGAGUUCGUUGUUCUGCCGUCCUUACUUUAGGUAAUAUAACAUGUAAAGUUAGUUCAUAUCGAAUAUUAUAUUUUAUCUAGAGAAAUACGAUUCAUAUAAAAAAUAAAAA